AAUAUUUGUUAAUUUAAUUAAAGGAUUACUUUGCAAGAGUAAUUUUCGCAGCUAUUACUCUUUUCUAAGCAUCUUACGCAUUAGUCAUAGUGCCUUAAUCUAGUUUUAGCUUUAGAGUUAAUAAGGGUCAUCAAGGUGUCAAGGUUGCAACUGUCUGUCCUGUCUCUGUCUGCUGAUGCAACGUAGACCAGCCGUAACUCCGUAGGUUUUUGUUGUAUUUAAAGAAACUUUCUGAGGACAAGAGGCUUGAGACAAAAGAACAUCAUGUGCUGUAAAUGUUGCGGAGAAACUCAACGUAAAGUUUGGGUAUUUGGCCUGGGAGCACUUUUUGCAGUGCUUGGCGUUCUCACUGUGGUCUUUUGGCCCGGUCUGGCCGAUUCACUGGUUGAGGAUGGUCUGAAACUUAAGCCCGGCACUGAUACCUAUGACAGUUGGCUGGAGGCUCCCAUACCCAUAUAUCUAUCAUUCUAUAUGUUCAAUUGGACAAAUCCAGAGGAUAUACGUGAUCAUGAUAUAAAACCGAAUUUUGUGGAAAUGGGUCCAUAUGUUUUCCUUGAGAAGCAUAAAAAGGAGAAUUUCACAUUUUUCGAAAACAAUACGGUGGCAUAUUAUGAGCGGCGUACUUGGUGGUUUGAUACGGAACGUUCCAAUGGCACAUUAGAUGAUCUGGUCACGGCGGCACAUGUUAUCACUGCCACAGUGGCCGAUGAAAUGCGUCAUAAUCGUAAAUUCUUUAAGAAAAUUAUUAACUUCAUGUUAAAUCAUGAGGGCGGAGAAUUGUAUACAACAAAACCAGUGGGCGAAUGGAUAUUCGAUGGCUACCAGGAUAAUUUAACGGAUUUCUUGAAUCUGUUCAAUACCACAGCAAUUGAUAUACCUUAUACGAGAUUCGGUUGGCUGGCUGAUCGCAAUGGUUCCUUGGAAUAUGACGGCCUCUUCACCAUUCAUACGGGCACCGAUGACAUUGCCAACUUGGGUCGUCUUACCCAUUGGAAUGGCAAAAACGAGACGGGUUUCUAUGAUUUGCCAUGCGGUAUUGUUAAUGGCACCACCGGCGAUUUAUUUGCACCGAAAAUGAAUGUCAAGGAGGAGAUCACUGUCUUUGCCACAGAUGCCUGUCGCUUUAUGAAUCUACGUCCCCAGGGAACCUACGAAGCAAAUGGUUUGACAGCCACACGUUGGGUAGGCACUGAUGAAACGUUGGAUUCUGGCGAAAAUUAUCCCAAUCAAGCCUGUUUUUGUGAUCCCCGCCUGGAGGAGUGUCCCAAAACGGGAGUCGUUGAGUGCAAAGCUUGUCGCGACAAGGCUCCCAUUUAUUCCUCAUUUCCGCAUUUCUACUUGGCUGAUGAGUCGUAUCAGAAUGCGGUUAGCGGCUUGAAUCCUGAUAAGUCUAAACACGAAUUCGUCUUGGCCAUUGAACCGACAACAGGAGUGCCAAUUCAAGUGCAUGGACGUAUUCAGAUUAACAUGAUGCUCGAACCUGAUGAUGAUUAUGACAUCUAUCGCGGUGUCCAGAAGGUAUUGAUGCCCAUGUUUUGGUUUGAUCAGUAUGCUGAACUUACUCCCGAAUUGGCUUCCAGAGCAAAGCUGGCCAUCAAUCUAUCAAGUUAUGGCGUAAUCUUUGGCUACAGUCUCUUAGCUUUUGGCAGCAUUUUCCUGGUAACAGGCGUGGCUUUAACUGUUACCAAACGUUGGGUACGACGACCUGCAGAAGAUGAGGACAUGCUGGCCACAAAUUAGACACAACUUAACUAAACUAGCUAAUCAUUUAUCAUUUUCAUUUUAACCAAAGUGUGCCACUAGUUCAAACGAUUUGUACUUGUUCUCUCACUAAUUGUCAUUGUUGAAUUAUUAAUUGUUAAUUGUUUCAUCUCAACGUUGAGUUAUGUUAGUUAAGUCUUAUACAAUGGAACUAUCUUCGUACAUUCAUUAUGCAUUUUUUGUGAUAAUUAAAGUGCAAUUUAUACAUCUAUUAUAUACUCUAAAAAAAUAUGUUACUUAAAUCUGGUAGUUGUUCUCGUAAUACCCUGUAAAUCAUUCCAUAGAAAUGCCAAAACAUUAAGCACUAACAGACAGCUUUUCGUUUGGUCUAAUACAAACGCCUAGAAUUGAGAUUAUAAAGCGUUAGAGCCAUUAAAUGUCUUACCAUAAACUUAAAAUUGAGUUUAGUUUUCGAAAAAAAAUGAUUCAUCUCUCAUUUAAAAUAUCUAUUAUAUCAAGCCAAUAAUUGACCCUUGGAUCUGAUCAAACCGAAAGUCAUAAGAAUUAUUUUUUUUU